UUAAUAGGCUUACGGAGGGCUGAGAGGGGCCGUGGCUUUCGCUUUGAUCGCUCUUUUAAAAAGUUAUGAAAAUUCUGGAAUUUAUUCAUUGAGUCUUCUGAAGACCACCACUUUAUUUGUCAUCUUAUUUACUGUAUUUAUUUUGGGCGCCACAACUAAACCAUUGCUUAAUUAUCUGCGAAUUAAGCGAGAAGUGAAAGAAGAGGCACAACUCUUUCAUUUGGUUAACGCUAAGUUUAUUGAAAGCAUAGUUUUCGGUGUGUCUGACAUUACAGGAGUCCAUACGUUUAACCACUACUGGACGAAAAAACUUGUUAAAAUUAACGAAAAAUACGUUAAAAAGUACUUAACUCAUGGAAACAACGAAAAAAAUAUCGAAAAAAUUUUACAGAAAUUAAUUUUAAAGUAAG